AUGGAUGAUUCUACAAAAUCAAGUAACCAGAGUAAUACUUCAUAUUGCAAUACUAACGUAUUUAGUAUACCAACUUCAAAUAAUAGUAACGAGAGUAAAUGUGAUGAAGACAGAAUUAGAUCGAAUGGAGAAGAGUCAGCUAUUCCAAAUAAGUCUAAAUGGAGUGUUGUAGAAAUUGUGAAUGAGCAUAACCAUCCAAUGGUGAAGGAUGUGCGGGUUUUCCAUGAGCAUCGUCAAUUAACACGAGAUGUUAGGCAUAUUGCUGUAAAAAUGUUGAAAGCGGGAGCAAAACCUAGUAUGGUUUAUGAGGCUAUAAGAAAUGAUGAUGGAGCCCCAACUGCAACCCGAAAAGACAUAUCUAACUUAAAUACACGGAUUCACUAUUUAGAGGAAAAGACUUCAAUGGGUGCAUUAAUAACAGGCAUGGAAGAAAGGGGAUAUACUCGUGUUGAGGGUACACAUUCGGCAAUAAAACACGCACUCGAAUCUUCUGGAAGUUUGACCAAGGCUUUUAACCAUUUGGAUAGAUGGCUACACUUACAUAGUGAGGAAAGCUCUUUGCAAAAUGAAAAUGAAAGCAUUGGUAUUGAUCCCUUAUUAGUGCAAACUGACAAGAGUCAAUUGGUGCCACUCUUAAGAAAAGUAGCACAGUUUGCUUUAAAUCAAAUUAAAAAUGAACUACUUAAAGCGACUACAUAUGAGGCCUGUAUAUGUGAGCUACGUGUUAAUUACAAUAUACCUUGUAAGCAUAUACUUCCAAUGAAAGAAUCUAUAAUGUUAGCAACUAUUCCGACAAGGUGGCUAUUAUUCCCUGAGCAAGAUCGGCCGAAUUCUGUUAGUCAAGUGCAAAAUAUAACUGAUCUAGCUUCAUCUAAUUCGAUGAAUUUUCUUUGCUCAACAUUUCUAGAUAAGCUUGAUGAGAUUCUGGCAGCUCCUGUUAUUAAUCUUUUUGAAGUUAAAGUGCCAGAAAAAAUUGUGGGAAAAGGUCGUUCUUCUGGAGUAAAACGAUUGCCGAUUGCUGUUGAACUUAUGGAGCAAAAAGAAAAAAAAAAAGUUAAACCUACUAAAAAAAAGCAAAUCGAAAGCAAUAAUUCCUCACAGAUUUUUAUUGAAGUUUUAAAAAUUCCAUUAAGCACUCGAAUUCCUGUUGACGAUAUUGAUCAGGUUUAUGAUUCAAAGAGCGAUGGUAACUGUGGAUUUCUGUCACUUGCGGUUGCCAUUAGAGGAAAUGAAGAAAAUUGGAUUCUUGUUAAGUUGGCUAUGAGUGAACAAUUAAAUAAACGCAUGGAA